AUGCCUUCCGCAAUCUUUCCUGAUCACCACCCAGACCUUGGUCUUAUACAGGCCAAGCAAUCUGCUCUGGCGAAGUUGGCCAUGAGCUCCAACAAGGAUUCACGCGCCCCUUCGUCAUCGCCUCCCUUCCACUCCAAUAAAUCGACCGCCGCUGCGAACUCGAAAUCGAACUACCUCACUGAGCCCCAGGCACUGCCCGUUUCUCACCCUCACGAUGGCCUUCUCCCGCCUCCUGCUAUGGCGCACGCUAUUCGAUCUAUGAACGACUUGAGUGGCCCGAUCGCCCUCCGCGAUCGCUCCUUGGUCGCAAACUCCGAUACCCCUCCUGCGAUGCGAAGCGUGGUUUCGACCGCUCCGAAUUCCCCUAGAAUCCCACCUGUCAGACAGAAUUCUGGAGGAACCACUCCCCGCCUUCGCCCCCACCCCGCCACACUCAAUGUUCCUGGCAUGACCGUCUCGAGAGCCUCGCCCGACGGAAAGAUUAGUGACCGCGAUGUCGCUGCGAAGCUGGUUAUCGUCAUGGUUGGACUUCCCGCGCGCGGAAAGUCCUACAUUACCAAGAAGGUCCAGCGCUACCUGUCUUGGCAGCAGUACAGCUCUACAAUCUUCAAUGUCGGAAAUCGCAGACGCGUGGCUGCCGGCAUGAGUUCGCCGAUGAAGCCUGCCUACUCGCCCGCUGCCGUUAGACUCGACCCGCCGGCCCAGGCUGCUUCGAUCCUGCUUAAUGGUCAUGCUUCCCGUGGCAAUAAGGAGCCUGCGGAGCUGAACCUCAAUGAGGAGAGCGACGGCAUUGACCAGUCCGCCAAGUUCUUCGACCCGACCAACGAGACUGCGGCCAAGCUCCGGGAGCAGGUGGCUUUGGACACUCUGGACGAGCUUCUGGAUUACCUUCUGCAUCAGGGCGGUUCCGUCGGCAUCCUCGAUGCGACAAACAGCACUAUCCACCGCCGCCAGCUUCUGGUCGAUAGAAUCAAGGCGCGCGAGCCCAAGCUCGGAAUUCUCUUCAUCGAGAGUAUCUGCCACGACCAGAACCUUCUCGAGGCCAACAUGCGCCUGAAGCUUUCUGGCCCCGACUACAAGGACAAGGAUCCUCACCAGUCUCUUGCUGAUUUCAAGAGACGUGUCGCCGCCUACGAGAGCGCUUAUGUUCCUCUUGGAGAGUACGAGGAGGCACACGACAUGCAGUACAUUCAGAUGAUUGAUGUUGGCCGCAAGCUGGUCCAGUAUAGAUUGCGGGGCUUCCUGAGCGGCGGCAUCAGCUCCUACCUGACGACAUUCAACCUUGCGCCGCGCCAGAUAUGGUUGACCCGGCAUGGACAGAGUGUCGAUAACCGCAAUGGAAAGCUCGGCGGAGAUUCCGACCUCACCGCCGACGGAGAGCUCUACGGACAGGCUCUCCACCGAUUCAUGACCCAGAAGCGCAAGGAGUGGCUCAUUGAGCAGAAAGAUAAGAUCGCUCAGUCGUCAUUCCCGCCUAAGGCCGGCGACCACACCCCGCCGUAUCCCGAGCUGAAUCGGGAACUGGACGAGAAGAAUUUCUGCGUCUGGACCUCGAUGCUUAAGCGCAGCGUGCAGACGGCACAGCAGUUCGACAAUGAUGACGACUACGACGUCAAGGCUUGGGCGGUGCUGAACGAGCUCAACGCUGGCCUCUUUGAGGGCAUGACGUAUGAGGAGAUCGCCAGAAGAUUCCCUGCCGAGUAUAAGAAGCGCGCUGCGGAUAAGCUCCAUUACACCUACCCGGGUGUCGGUGGAGAAGGAUAUCUCCAGGUUAUCGCUCGCUUGCGCGAUAUAGUCCGCGAGAUUGAGCGUAUCGAGGAUCACGUUCUCAUUGUUGGACAUCGCUCGGUCUGCCGUGUGCUCAUGGCUUACUUUAUGGAUUUAUCCCGUGACGAGAUCGCCGACUUGGAUGUUCCUCUGGGCAUGCUCUACUCUAUCGAGCCUAAGCCCUACGGCUACGACUUCCACGCGUACCGCUACCUGCCGGAGAAGGGAACGUUCAUCGAGCAACCCAACUACCGCCCGCAGCGCACCGUUAACCGCGACGCUUGA